AAACAAUCCAAUUCUCCCCUUUCUCUCUCUUCUUCUCCUCCUCCUCUCUCUCAUUCUCUCUCUUUCUUCUUCUCUCUCUUGUUUGUUUCUCUCUCUAGUUUCUCUCUCUAAAAACAUAUAUUUAUAAUAAAAUUCUGUUUCCCAAAAAUGUGUAAACAACAAGGGAUGGAUUCGGAUGAUGGGUUUAUCUCAAACAAAUGCAACACAAACCAAGCAUCAACAAAUUACCCAAAGUUAACAAUUACUAUAUCCAAACAUGACCCAAUUUCCACCUUGCAUGUCCCAUUGCUACCAAAUUCUCCAACACCCAAAAUAUCCCAUUUAACAACAACAACAACAACAACAUUAACAACUCAUUAUACUAAACCACAUAUUACUACUACUAAUACAACAAAUUAUGUUUCCUUUUUACAAGAAGCAAAGAUAUUAGGAGAUGUUGCAUUACCAAUGAUCCUAACCGGGCUUUUACUCUACUCACGUUCAAUGAUCUCAAUGCUUUUCCUGGGCCGACUAGGAGAGCUAGCCUUGGCGGGCGGGUCGUUAGCCAUCGGGUUUGCGAACAUUACGGGCUACUCGGUUUUAUCCGGGUUAGCAAUGGGUAUGGAACCCAUUUGUGGACAAGCAUUUGGGGCUAAGAAACAUUCACUUCUUGGCCUUACACUUCAAAGGACUAUAAUCCUUUUACUACUCAUUUCCCUCCCUAUCUGUUUCCUGUGGCUAAACGUUGAGAAGCUUCUGUUAUUAUGCCGCCAAGAUCGGGCCAUCGCGGCCCAAGCCCAAUCCUAUUUAAUAUUCACACUACCCGACUUAUUGGCCCUAUCAUUCCUCCACCCACUCAGAAUCUACCUCAGGUCACAAUCCAUCACCCUGCCACUCACCUUCACGGCGGCGUUAUCCAUCGCCCUCCACCUCCCGUUAAACUGGCUGCUGGUGGUUAAGCUCCAGCUCGGCGUUAAAGGGGUGGCGCUCGCCGGAGUUUUGACAAACUACCACAUGAUACUCUUCUUGUCUAUCUACAUCUUCUUCUCGAAAGCCUGCAAAAAAGGGUGGGCCCCACUUUCGAGGGAGUGUAUAUGUAUUAGAGGUUAUACUAGGCUGUUUGAGUUGGCCGUACCAAGCUGCAUUUCCGUCUGCCUUGAGUGGUGGUGGUACGAGAUCAUGAUCCUCCUCUGCGGCCUCCUCGUCAACCCUAAAGCCACCGUCGCCUCCAUGGGGAUCCUUAUCCAAACCACCUCCUUAAUCUACAUCUUCCCUUCCUCUUUAAGCGUCAGUGUCUCCACCCGGGUCGGGAACGAAAUCGGCGCUAAUCGGCCCAUUCGGGCCAAACGGGCCGCCAUUACGGGCUUGUUCUUUAGCUUCCUGAUGGGGUUCUCAGCCCUUAUCUUCACGUUCCUGAUUAGGGAGAAAUGGGCCGGGUUGUUUACUAAAGACGGUGACAUUAUAAAGCUAACCUCGUUGGUUUUACCGAUAAUUGGGCUUUGUGAGCUCGGAAACUGCCCACAAACGACCGGGUGCGGGGUCCUGCGUGGGACGGCCCGGCCCAAAGUAGGUGCCAAUAUUAACUUGGGGUGUUUUUACCUUGUGGGAAUGCCGGUGGCGGUUUGGCUCGGGUUUUGGGCCGGGUUCGACUUCGAAGGGAUGUGGUUAGGACUCUUGGCUGCACAAGGAUCAUGUGUGGUUACAAUGAUGUUGGUUUUGAGUAGAACAGAUUGGGAGUUUGAAGCUCAAAGAGCUAAGGAACUUACUGAUGAGAAGCAAGAUCAUAAUUACGAUCAUCAACCAUUACUUGUUUAAUUAAUUUUUUUUUAUUUUAUUUUAUUAAAAUUUUUUAAUUUUUAUUUUGGCGGGUGAAAUUUUGUGUAUCUAACAGGGGAAGUUGGAUGGAUGGAUUUUUAAUUGGGAAAUUAGGAAAUUUAAUUUUUUAUUUUAAUUAUUUUUAAUGAGGGUAUAUUCUUUGGAGAAAGGAAAAAAAGGGAAACUAAUUUGUGAAUUAAAAGUUCAAUUGAUUCUUAAUUUUCUUGUUUAAUUUAUUAUUAUUGUUUGUAGAAUGUGAAACAGAACAAACAGGGGACACAACACAAUUUUAGCCGAAUUAUUCCUGAAA